AAUACAACCUGACAGCAUAACUGGGAGGGAGUGUACACUGGGGAACCACAGCACAGUACCUCCAGCCUGGCCGUGCAGCUAGCCACUGCAGGGAUAUAAAGCUCUUCAGGACCUGGAGAAAACUUCUGGUCUAUCCAUGGAUUCAGUUCCGGAAGUCUGGCAUACACAGAUGGAGCAAGAGGAAAACGUAGAGAAUCGACCAGAGUGCUCCAUUUGUUUCACCAGCUAUGACAACAUUUUCAAGACACCAAAAGUUCUGCAUUGUUCACACACCUUCUGUCUGGAGUGUGUAGCUAGAUUAGUGGCCUCACUACCACCAGAAAACCAACAUGACAAGAUCAUGUGCCCCUUCUGCAGGCAACCUACAGAAAUCCCACAGCAGGGUGUCCCAGGACUACAAACAAGCAAGGAAAUGCUGUCUAACCUACCUCCUCAUUUACAGCACGAAGAGACUGUUUGGAUUGAGGGGACAAAAUUAUGUUAUAAACAGGAGCCACAGUCCAAUACCAACCAAUCAAACACGUGCGUUUGCGUUGACAUUGGGUUGACUAAAAAAGAGGAGCCACCAGCGCCAACCCCACGGAGCGGACUAUAUAGAAUUUGUUGUGGGUGCAGUGACUGGAAAAGACUCUUACUAAUUGCCUUUAUGGUGGUUGUAUUGUUCUGCAUCCUUCUAUGGCCAGUUCAGUGCAUCUUGAAAACCGGAAACCUACGUUGUACCUCUGCAUCCACACCCACCAAGAUGCCUUUCUCUUCUGUACUCGUAACACAAAGCUUGUGGGCAGGACACUAAGAGGACUACACUCAUGUAAAGACUGAUAUGGGUGUGAACAAUAAUCACUGUGAUGUGUGUCUUCAAAUGCAACUUGUUCAUGUCUUUAUUCAACUAGGUUAAGAACAAGCUGAAGACUCCAUGAUCUACUUGUGAUCUACUUGGGGGGGGGGCAAGGAGGCAGUCGACAUGGUCAUAGUCGCUAGAUGCGAAUAUGUGCUGUUAGUACACAUGCCUGUGUCAAGAACAUUGGGUUGGACUGUCGAAUACCAGUCAGAAAAUGCAGUAUUACUUGAAGGCAAUGCACUGGCACAAGGCCCCAUCUGUGCCACAUGCAAAGGGUGGUUUAUCAGUGUUUAGAGAUGAAAUGGCAGGUUUUUGACCAAAUCCAUUGUUUCCGUGUAACAGUUUCUACAAUGUAUAAAAGCAAAUUAUUUAUAAAAACUAUAUUUACUUGUUCUCUAUCAAUGGACAGAUCAAAUCUUGGAGCUCAAUGAGCAAAAUUCACAAACUUUAUAAUCAGAAAAUAUUAGCCACUGAACGCUGCUUAUCAAAGUUUUUGAUGGAGGUGGUCAUGUCCUGGCAGAUGUACACAGCCAUGCCUUCCUUGUCCUACACCGAUAUAUCCAUACUUCCACAAGAAAUACACAGUGACAUGUUGCUAUAAUCUCAGAGAAGAUACAGCUGUUACAUGUGCAGGAUUCAUCUAAGAAGGCCCAGGUUUUGGCCUGCUCUGGAGGAUGGUCAACCCUUUGAUAUUUGGCUGAUGCAGAUGAUAACCACCAUCAGAGGGAAAAAAAUAAGCAGUCAGUAAGUUUACUUAGGGCCAACUCAAGCUGGAGACAUUGGCUACCUACCACUGGUGUAUGUUUAAGCACAAUAAGUAAUAAAAUGAACAGGGUAGGAGUACAAUCGCCAUGAUAGACUACCAAAUGCUUGCCAAGACUUGGGCUAUUGAGAAGUAGAUUAUUUUUCCUACCUAUUGUAAAAUGUACAAUAAAUCUGUUGGCCGGGACUAUUAAAGAUUACAGUUAUUCUACAUGCCAACAACCUUUUAUAAACAUUCAGUAAUCCUACUUAGCCUUUGCAAUUUUCUACCAUCAGUAUCCACACUAAUGCCAUGAAACUAAAUUUCCCAGAUGUCAAUGAUGGAAUUUGGAUUAGGACAUAUAUUUAGGAAAUAAAGAUUCCCGGCCUGAAGUUGGUAUAAGAGCAGGAGGGGGACGUGUCUGUUUUUAUUUGCUACAAAUAACCAUUUAACGGGUUGAGUAGAAGGAAAUCAUUAAAGAGGGGAAUUGGAUUUUUAUGCUUCUAAAAUGGCAGGUUCCAGUGCGAUCCUGAAUCAGAAAUAAUGGACCUGUAAACAAGCAUUUACGGCUAUUGAGCACAUUAAGAAAUCGACAUAAGGGAUAUGUGGUUUUAAACUAGAGGUCACAGCUCUAACAGGCUAAAAUGUGUGAGGGCAAAGCAAGAACCGGCUAUUUCAAGCAUAACCCCAAGCAUAAAGAAAGUUAUGUAUGGUCUGUCUAAAUCUGUGCUUUAAAGAAGUAGUCUGGUGCAGAAAAACAUUUUUUAAUACCCUGUUAGGGCAUUCGGAGACUGGAGUUAUGAGUGGGAGUCCCACGUUCAGGGAGUUCAUCAAACAGCUGGAGCAGAAAUCAUUUCUGGAGGAGGGAAAUGUAUGUCUGUUACAUAAACAGCCCAUAAAUAUCAAUGGGUACCAUGUAAUGCUUCAGUUACCCGGUGGUGGCGCUGCAGGAAUCCACAGUGAAUUACAGCAGAUUGCUGCAACUCAACCCCUUUAAAUGAGUUCUUACUAGCUUGUCAACAGGAUGACUGAUCACUAAAGGCCCCUUUACACUGCCCGAUGUUCAGGCAGAUUAGUACGAACGCUCAUUAGUGAUAAUUUGCAGAUGUAAAGGUGCUGCUGAUUAUCUGAUGAACGAGCAAAACGCUUGUAUAGGAUCGUUUGCCCGCAGCAGAUCGUACAAUGAUUCUGCAUGGGGACGAGCGAUGGCAUUAACCUUCACUCCUCCCCCUUCUGUGGAGGAUAUUGCUGCAUGUAAAUCAGUGGUCUCCUCCACUGACAAGCAGACGAUUGUCAGGAAGGAAUGCUUCCUUCCCAACAAUCGUGUGCCCCAUCAAGCAGUAUAAAGGGUCCUUAAGCCUUCAGGCUCCAUCUCUAGAAUCCAUCUAUGAAAAUGUAUCCACUUGACAAUGGCAAGAUAGGGCAAAGGAACAAAAACACAUCAUCUCUAAAUGAGAUGGAUCUCUCACAGUGGAUAAUAACUGGACAAUAAGGAGCAGAAAAGGAACCUCACAUUAAGGUCAUUAUUCAUUCACACCUCAUAAAAGUCUGUUUAGAUGUCCACAAGGUGGUUUGAGAUCACAUCCCCAAGGCAUGUAUUGCACCCAGUCCAAUUUUCAGCCUUAGGGAACUAAAGAUUUUUGUAUGCUAUAUAUGUUAGUGGUUUCUUAAAUUAAAAGAUUACACUAUUUCACGUUUGUAAUCUUCUUUCCUUCAUUCACAAUUAGACCUCCUGAUAUUCAAUUUAUAACCUGCUUCUAGAUUCAGAUUCUUCAUGUGGACACAUCCGUCCCAGUAAUACAUGCUGGAUGUCAGGUCCAUGCGUCCAGGAUGCUGCUUUCUUCACUAGCUCUCAUGUAUCACCACGCUUCAAUUCUGCACUGAUUUCUAUUUCUACUGCUCAAGAUAUAUCUCAUUUCACAUGUGCCAACAAACAAUUAUGCUGAGAAGUGUGUAAUUCCCCAACCCCUUCACAGUUUGCCAUGAGAGCUCUGCUUUUUCUCUACACUUGUACACAGUCCUAUAUGAUUUUCAGCCUGCAAACUGCUUUGUGUGUACUUUCUUCCCAGUUUACAAUCUGAGCUGACCUCCCCCCUUCCUGCUGCCAUCUCUAGGCAAAAGAGGAGUGGUGGACAAGGAGAGAUCACCAGAAAAUCGGAGCAGAGCUCUGUCUGACAUAUCAGUUUCAGUAGCACCAACAGCUAGGUGAAGGACUUGCACAAACUCUGCAGAAGCAAAAUUAUAGGAAUUUUUGUAACGGAAAACAUUCAGUGUUCUGCAAAAACAUUCAGGUCUCUGGAUGCAGUUUUCUCACUUUUGAAGUCACUCCUGGUUUUGGCUUCCAAAACCACAUCCAGAAAUCUGAACAUGUGGCAGUAUCCUUAGAAAGUUGCUUCCUUUUGCAUUUGGGAAGCAAAUGCAUUAAAGAAUAAAAUCAGUGCAACAGUGCCCACAUUAACCCAAUUAAUUUGUAACACAGCAUCUACUAGGCAAGUAAAAGUUUAAUUAAUUAUCUUUACUGACAGAAUUGAAGCAUUCAUGAAUACUGGGCGACUAAAGUAACCACACACAUCCUCUCUGGAUUGAAACACCCCAUUACUUCCUGGCUGUUAUACAGUUGAGUGGAGUAAACCUUGGGCUCAUUUUAAGUGGCCUCCUAUGUAUUACUUUUAUAGCACCUGUAUUUUUAUGCACUGGCUCAAGAAAAUGUGGAAAUUUUCACUUUUGAGAGCAAAUUGUGAGAAACAAGAGGCCUUAACAUGUGGCUGAAUAUAACCUACAUACUGUAUGAUGGAAGGAGUAGAGGAUAUAAAAAAUAGUUAAACUUUGAUAGACUCAGCAUUUUAUAUACACCUUAGUUAUGAAUUAUUCUGCCAUGAUCAUAGCUUUUCAGUAUUUUGUUUACAACUUUGUAUUUUUUCCAAGAAAAUGGUUUAAUAAAAUAUUUGUUCAAAAUAAUAGUUUUGAGAGUUUUUAUAUAUUAAAAUACAAAUCAAGAGUGUAUAUACCAUAGAGACAGCCAGGUGUCUGUCGUGGGGCUGCAAAUAACACAAGGAUCAUGGAGAGGAAACAAGCAAAAAAGGUCUCCUGUCCCAGGUGGUUACGGAUGUGGAGAGGUUAAAAUAGACCUGCCCCCACACUAUGCUACCCUUCUAUACAGCAGCAUAGUUUAUAACAGAUUUGCUUCAACCAGCACCAAAAAGGGGCUCAAUCAGAAUAAUGGUUGCUACAGACCUUUCAUGUAUACUCUUGGAUAGUACUGAUCACCCCCCACUAUAACAUCCUGAGGAUCUUUGGGGUUCUCCUGUUCUCCUUCAUUCGAUUAAAGGUCCUUUAACAUGGACCGAUCUUUAGGUAAAUUAUUGGGGAUGAGCAUUUGUGGAAACAGUCAUUCCCAAUAACUGCCCUGUGUAAAGGUGCUGGUGUGUCAUUUGGCAAACUGUCCUUUGUUAAUCAGGGAUCUUCUGCCCUGAAACAAUGAAUGUGUAUUGGGACAAAUCAUCACAGCAGCAACUACUCAAUCCCAUAAAGAGGAGAUUAGACCUGCAUUUACAUACAGCAGUUCUCUCUUCUGACUAUCAAAUUCUCAGGAACGUUUGAUUCACCCCGAAAUAAGGCUACUUUCACACUUGCUACAGAGUUAUCCAGGAAGCAGUUCCGUCAAUCUGCAUACAAACGGACAGCAUUUGCAGACAGAUCCGGAGAAAUUGAUCCAUUAUAUAUAUUUUUGCGCAUGCGCAGACCAGAAGGAUGAAUCCUGCAUUGCAGUAUUUUUUACUGCCAGACCUGGC